AGAUCGUCAUCAUUUGAGAAUACUGGGGGCCCUUUUUGGGACGCCAAACUUGGCCAAUGUUGCGCAAUAAACAUCGGGGAGCACCGCGCUACGGUCGAGAGCGCCGCGUGUGAAAAAGUGCUGAUCAGGAUGAUUUGGAAGGUGAAGUGAGGGACUGCCCCCACCCCCCCACAGGAUGUCCUGUUUGCUCUGUGGGGGAGAAACCGGGAGAGGCCGGCGCGCAGCUCAGACAUCCGUCGACAUCGGAGCCGCAAAGCAUUCGCCGCCGCUCCGCGGGCCAGGAACACUUCAGCAUCCGAGCGGCUCCGAGCCCAGCAGUCAUCCGCCGUGCCGCGGGCGCCCUUUCCAUCUUCCCGGGUGGACUUUGCCGGACUUCCUUAUCAGGGGAGUCGGAGAUGAGCGGCGCCGAGCGCAACGGCUCGCAGGCGCCGGCCAACGGCUCGCCGUGGUUCGUGUACGAGUGCACCCUGGAGCUGGACGCCGAGUACCGGCGCAUCUGCCUGUUCCUGCUCUACCUGUCGGUGUUCGUGGCGGGCCUGCUGGAGAACGCGCUGGUGCUGUGGGUGAACUGGCGGCGGCGGCGCUCGGCCGGCGGCGUCCUCUUCUGCGUGCUCAACGUCAGCCUGUCGGACAGCAUGGUGAUCGCCGUGCUGCCCUUCUUCAUGCUGGAGGUGACGGUGGAGCGCGUGUGGCUGUGGGGCCGCUUCCUGUGCAAGCUGACCACGCUGGUCUACGGCGUCAACUUCUACAGCAGCUCCUUCUUCCUGGCCGCCAUGACGCUGGAGCGCUACCUGGCGCUGAGCCGGCCGUCGGGGCCCGCCCUGUUCCCGGCGGCGGGGCGGCGGCGCUGGGCCCUCUGCGGGGGCCUGUGGCUCCUGUCGCUGCUGCUGGCGCUGCUGGAGAACGUCCACGUGGACCUGCUGGAGUGGGACGAGCCGGGCUGCUACAUGCUGCCCGAGGGCAACUACGCCGAGUGGUUCGCCUCGGUGGCCUUCCUGUGCCUGAUCUUCCAGUUCCUGGGGCCCGCCUGCGUCAUCGUGACCUGCAACGCGCUGAUCGCCCGGGCCGCGCGGCGGGCGGCGCCCGACGUUUUUCUGGUGCACGUCUACUCGCUGGUCUUCCUGGCCUGCUGGCUGCCCUACCACCUGGUCAUGAUGCUGAUGAUCAUCAUCGACCUGUCGCCCAACCUCUUCAGCUGCAACGUGGUGGAGUUCGUCUACUUCUCCUUCAGCGUGGUGCAAAGCCUGACGCUCUUUCACUGCGUGGCCAAUCCCGUCCUCUACAACUUCCUGAGCGAUGACGGGGAGGAGGGGGGGAGACGGCCGGCGACGCGGGCCCGCGACGCAAGUCGAGUGACGUCAGCACCGGCCAUUCUGAAGUCGGGCCCUGAACGCUUCUUCGCUGGGCCGCUCAAGUGA